AUGCCUACGCAGCACGUAGAACCCGAGUCUCAUGGCCUGUUGCAGGAGGUUGCCAACUCGCUGCUCAAGGCGCGAAAGGUGGUGGUUGUCACCGGCGCCGGCAUCAGCACCAACUCAGGCAUUCCGGACUUUCGCUCCGAGAACGGGCUCUACUCACUCAUCCAGGCUCAAUUCGACGCUGCCAGCCAGCCUACGCGAUCGACCGACCGAUUCAAGACUGACGGCGAUGGCCACGGAGACGGCGGAGAGGAGCCUCGCCCGACGAAACGUAGGAAGGUGUCGCGGGAGCCCUCUCCGGACUUGGACGAGGUCGAUCGGCAGCUCAAUGAGGACAUCAAGGCGCGCGCCGAGGCUGAGAUGCCGGCUGCGUCCAGUCGAGCCGCCGACACGCAGCAAGCCGUGGCCGCAUCGGAUCCAAACGCGUCGGCGAAUGGAUGCUUGAGCACGCCGCGUCCCAAGCCGACGACGACAUCGCCUCUAUCCUCCCCGCCGAGGGAAGAGUUUAUGCUUCCCCUGCCAUUGGCAUCAUCGUCAUUGCGAGCCGAAGAUCGUGAACGCAUCGCGGGCGUCUCUCAGAACAUAGUUUCGUCUCCUCUAUCUUCACCACCACCAGUGCUCUUUGAUCCAUUCCACCCGUCCUCUCCUUCAGAUGAAAACAUGAGCCGCCGCAGCAGCACCACGCCGUCGGAAGUCGACGAGAUGCGGGACCUGCCCAACGCCAUGCCGGCCUCGCAGGCAUCCAACCCCGGAAAGACGACCCUUCCCAACAUGAAGGGCAAGGACCUCUUUGACGCCUCGAUAUGGUCGGAUCCUACGAGAACUUCCGUCUUUUACCAGUUCGCAACGUCUCUACGGCAAAAGGUCCGCGAGGCCGAACCUACCAGCUCACACAAGUUCAUCGGCCACCUCAGGGAUCGGGGCAAGCUGGUGCGGUGCUACACGCAAAACAUUGACCAGAUUGAAGAAAAGGUUGGCCUGUCGACGUCUCUGCUGGCUGGGCCGGGCAGUCGAGGUCGGUUCUCGCGCAAGUCAACAGCAAACGCGGCACAGCUCAACAAGAUGGUGGAAGAAGUAUCAUCCAGCGGUGAAGGCGGAAACGCUGGCGAUGUUGGCGCGUCUGGCCAAUCACCACCAAACGGGUCGAGUGAGCAAACGCCUGCAGACCAGCGGCAGACAUCAUCCCAGCCCAAUGGUAAGACAGAAGAGGACGAAACUACUACUACUAGUAGCAGUAAUACUACUACACCGCCAGAUCAACAACCCAAGCCGGCCCCGAGAAAGGAGGCGCCGACGCCGCGGUCGGGUGUGGAGUGCGUCUUCUUGCAUGGCUCUCUGCAGCUUCUACGAUGCUUCCUCUGCGGGCAGGUUUGCUCUUGGGACGAUGACGACCGCGAGGUGGAGACGCUCUCCGGCCAACAGCCUGAAUGUCCUCACUGCGUUGGCGCGACGGAAGCGCGCCAGGAAAGGGGCAAGCGAGCCCUGGGCGUGGGCAAGCUGCGUCCCGACAUUGUGCUGUACGGCGAGGAGCACCCAAACGCCCACCUCAUCAGCCCCAUCGUGACGCACGAUCUCGCCCUGUACCCGGACAUGCUCUUGAUCCUGGGGACCAGCCUCCGGGUCCACGGCCUCAAGGUCAUGGUCAGGGAGUUUGCCAAGACGGUGCACAGCAAGGGCGGCAAGGUUGUCUUUGUCAACUUCACCAAGCCACCAGAGAGCUCCUGGGGGGACAUUAUCGACUACUGGAUCCAGUGGGACUGCGACGCUUGGGUGGCCGAUCUCCAGGUGCGCAUACCAAAGCUCUGGCAAGACCCGGAGCCGCCAAAGCCCAAGAAGAAGCGCGACUCGGGAGGAGGGGCCGCCGAAGAGAACCGGGAGGAGAAGAAGAAGCCUCCCGCGCAGAAUCCUGUUGCCUUGCGGGACACCAAGGUGAAUGGCGCCUACUGCACAUUGAAAAUCCUCAAAGAGCUACGAAGAAUCACGGCCACUUUGCCUCCUCCUCCGCCGUUGUCUCCCACCAUCCCCAUCAUCCUUUCUCUUCCGUCCUCUCUUUCAACUCCUCUGCCUCCGUCGUCGAAGCGCGUCCCGGCCGCCGUCGCCACGGAGGCCAACCCCAACCCCGACCCCCCGACUCCCGCUGAAGUGGCCCCCCGUGCCGCCGCCGCCGCCGCCGCUGCCAUGGAUUCUCCUACGCGAAUCAGCACGCCACGAAGCAAGGCUAAGCGACCGCGCAAGUCGGCCCCGGGAGCUCUGGAAAGGCCCAAGAGAACGCCGUCGACGCUGAAUCCCAAUCACGGCCGCUCCAAGAAACCAGUGGAGGAGGUCAAAGAACAAGAGGUGCCCGAGACGCCCGAGACGCCUAGCCAGCCGCCGGUCAGCACGGUGGAAGAGUUCAGCUCCAUCCUCCACUCUGUCAAGUCUAACCCUCGCAUUCGCAAGAGAAAGAUGAUUGACGGAGAGGAGUUUGUAUUCCCCACGAUUGGAAAGAAGCGCGGCGCGGUGGAUAGCCUGUACAAGGGCUCUGAGGAUGACAAGAAGCAACUGCCCCCUCUACGUCCGGUGCCCGAUCAAACGGCCGCAGUGGCAUCGGUACCAGCCGAAGCCGAAGCCGAAGAUGGCGUGGAGGAAGCUCUCGCUUCGAUUUCGGCCAACGUACGAGCCGCAACGGCAUUUACGCGUCCAGAAGCGUUUUACAUCCAGGACCCGCUGGUGACGCUCCUGGAAAAGGCGCCGCAGUGGAAGGCGAUGGAGGUGAAUCACGGCGAGCUUCGACGCAACAAGCGCCGCAUUUCCAAGAGGUUUCUUCCGGUCCAGGUGCAGAUGGAGACCAAGGCGCAGGCCGAAGCUAAUGCCGCGCUCGCGCUGGCCGGCCUCCGGACGAACAGUCACAUGGUGCCACAGGUUGCUCACGCGGUGCCUGGCAACGGCUAUACGGAGCUGGCCAACUGGGCGGCCACUUGGAGCUGCAAGAAGUAG